UCAGAAACAUUACCCUUUAUCUCAUUCUUCUUCUUUUUUAUUCCUCUCUUUCUUCAUUGGGUUUGAGAAAAAAAAAACACUGAAGUUUUCUGUGCUUCUCUGAACUUUCAUUUCAUAUUUUUUGUCAGCAGAGACCAAUCACCAAAGACAAUGUGUGGAGUUGUGCAGCCACACUCAAAUUUGCUUCAUUUUCAGGUGCCUUCUUUGCUCUGAAAAUGGCUGUCUUGCUUCUUGGUGCUUGCAUUUCCCUCACUUUCUAAUGGUUGCUCUGUGCAUUGAGGUUGGAACUAGGCAUUGACAGAUACCUGGUUUCACCUUUGAUCAUGAAAUCUGGACCAAAGAAUGGCUGGAACUCUAUUAUGCCUCUUUGUUUCAGAGGCAAAUCUGCCAAACGUUUCUGCAUGUUCCAGAAAGUUAAGUCAGCAGGAUAUAGUCCAGGCAACACACCCGUCUAUCUAAAUGUAUAUGAUUUGACACCCAUAAAUGGAUAUGUCUAUUGGGCAGGCCUUGGUAUCUUUCACUCUGGGGUGGAAGUUCAUGGUGUUGAAUAUGCCUUUGGAGCUCAUGACUACCCAACGAGUGGUGUCUUUGAGGUUGAACCUCGACAGUGCCCUGGCUUCAAGUUUAGGAAGUCAAUAUUUAUGGGGACGACAAGCUUGGAUCCUAUCGAGGUUAGAGAGUUCAUGGAGCGCCAGUCAGCAAACUAUAAUGGUGAUACCUAUCACUUGAUUGCUAAGAACUGCAAUCAUUUCUGUGAUGAUAUUUGUUAUAAACUGACAGGGAACCCAAUGCCAAAAUGGGUUAAUCGACUUGCAAGAAUAGGUUCACUGUGCAACUGCAUACUCCCUGAGGCCCUUAAAGCCACCACUGUAUGCCACGACCCUGAUUUCCAAGGAUAUGAGAACGAAAAGAAGAAACUGAGGAGUGCCUUUAGUUGUUUGUCAUCAAUCUCAAUGCAUCAGAGGGAAGUAUCAAUGUCAUCGUUGUUUCUACAUUCUCACUAUAAAGGCUGUUUGCCACCAUGGGAGUUGAAAAGGUCUAAAACUGGUUCGUUGAAGGAAAGGUGAGAACAGUUUAUUUCUUUAUUACUUUCCUCGGUUAAAUGGACACCAAUCGUCCAUCCUGCAAUAUUGAGGCAUUGGAGGGUUGGGGGCUAUCACACCACUGCUCAUUCUCAUUCAUAAGCCCUUGGGAGGGUGAAGUCUAUGCAAGUUUGUUGUUGUGAAUGUCAAAAUAGAAGGCUUGUUUGCCUGGUUUUCCAUCUUCGCUAACCUUCCUGUGUGGAGUUUGCUUGUUGUAUUUGUAAAAUUUUAUUCCGAUUUUAGCUCCAUUGAUGUGAAGUCAUAUUGUUAUAGUACGAGAAGAACCCAAAUAGACUGCUGAACAAGAUGCCAUUUUCUGUUACUGAUCCUGUAACUUAUCACCGUUGUGUUCU